AUGUUUUUGAAGCUUAGCACUCUCAUAGGAAAACCGGCAAACCCGUCAUUUUAUCGGGAAGCUUUUGUGUAUGAUAGCAACGGUUUUGCUUGCUCGACGCCGCCGCCGCCGUCGUCGUCGUCUUCGUCGUUGUCGUCGUUUGUUAAGCAUAAUGCGGAAGCCAUACGUCGAACUGGAUACGGGCCGCAAUAUUAUAACGCACACGACCGGUGGACGCCUCCAGCUGCUUACUGCCCUGCUACAUCUUCAUCGGCACCACCGUUCUAUAUUUAG